GUGACAGUACACACGUGUGGAGAGGAGCAACGCUUGUGUUACUGUUUUCUUUCCAGCCGUUGAAAUGACCGCUUUGACGUUAGGUGUAGUAAAGUUUAAGAACAUAUACUAACUUAUCUGUAUACAGAUUAUUCGCAGUAAAUGGCGGAGUGUGUGAAUGACAGUGACACAGAGAGACGAAUCAGUUAUGGAGAUUACAUAGUGCUGAAGAGAGGAGAUGUCUUCAAAUCUGUGCAGAUCGAGCAGAAAAAGAAAGUUAUAUUCGAGAAGCAGUGGUUCUUCUUGGACAAAGCAGUCGGGCAGCUGUACGGGACAAUAUUUGAAAUUGAAGCCGGUGGUUCACUCAAACUCAAGGCAGCAAAACGCACAGGGGACUCUGUGGGUAAUGACGAUUCUAAGGAAGCAGGCCAGGAUAACAGGCACAUAGUGGACGAUGGCAGAUCCCAAAAACUGACCAGAGAUGAUAUUGAAAUACUGAAAGAGCAAGGGUUAAAGGGGCAGGAGAUUGUUCAGCAGCUUAUAGACAACAGUACAACAUUCAAGGACAAAACUGAAUUUGCACAAGAAAAAUACAUCAAGAAGAAAAAGAGAAAGUACGAAAGUAACAUAACGGUCCUAAAACCCUCUACUCGUCUCCUUGCCAUGAUGUACCACGGCAGAGAACCAGGAAAAAUAUGUCACCUGCGGUAUGACACCCUGGCUCAAAUGCUUACUCUGGGUAACAUCCACGCUGGCAGUAAGAUCAUUGUUUUUGAGACCUGUGCUGGACUUGUUCUGGGCUCGGUGAUGGAGAGAAUGGGAGGUUAUGGUUCAGUGAUCCAGAUGUAUCCUGGAGGCGGGCCGACAAGAGCUGGCAUGGAGAGUUUUGGCUUUCCAUCACACUUCCAUGAGACGCUGCAUGAGUUCCCCAUGUGUAAAGUUAACGCUCUACUGGCGGGAACCCUUGAAUUAUCAGAGAAGUACGAAGACUCUCAGGCAAACGGGAACGGGCAGUCUGACUCCUCCCAGGAGACGUCACAUGUGUUAGAGAAGUAUUCAGAACCUCAGAGCAUGGACCCAGAAGAGGAAACGAGGAGAGCAGAGAGAGAGAGACUUCGAGAACAGAAGGCACAAGAGAAGAAAGUGAAGAUGGAGGAGAAGAGAAAGAAACUAGCAUCAGCUGCUGCUCAACUAGAGGGACGGAAUGCCGAUGGGUUGGUGAUUGCUAGUCGACUCCACCCCUGCCCUGUGUUACUGGGUCUGCUGAAGUUUGUAGCGCCAUCACGACCAUUUGUAGUGUACUCGCAGUACAUAGAGCCUCUGAUUGAGAGCUAUACCAAGCUCAGGGAACAAGGAGGAGCAAUCAGUCUCAGAUUGACAGACUCCUGGCUCAGGCAUUACCAGGUGUUGCCCAAUAGAACUCAUCCAGUGUUACUCAUGAGUGGAGGUGGAGGUUAUCUCCUCUCGGGGAUGACGGUUGCCGCAGGCACUGCCAAAUCUGGAAAUCAACAGAAAUCAGAGGAGCCACCUGCCAAGAGACUGAAACUGAAUGAGAUUAACCCAUCAUGUGAUAGCUCGACCUAGGCAGUCAGUUCAGAUGAACUUAAGUGAGAAGAUACAAAAUCAGUAGUUAAAUCUCACAUUCAGGCAGUGCUUUAUUCUGUGUAUGAGUUGCAAGAUUUUAUUAUUCAAAGUCUCUUAUCCAGUAUGUUUUUCUUUUCUUUUUUUUUUUUGCCAAGAUUUGCAUUAUUACUACAUAAAAUUAGUAUAUAAAUUGUUCCCAGCUUGUUCAUGUAUUUUAGUUUUGCAUGAUAUGCAGAAAAGGAAAUAUGCUUUUAAUUUUUCAGCAUCCUUUUCACUUUUGUCAAAUUGCUAAAUUUUACUCAAAGUAUAUCGUUGCAACACUAAACAAUAUGUUUAUGUCAUGUUUUUGGAUGAUUUCAACAUCAAACACAAGGGCAUUUAUCAACUUUGGUUCCAUAAUAGCACAUUUUAUUAAAUGCAAACAAUCAAGAAUGCAACGAUUCUAUUGAACAACAUUAAACGACAGCUAUUUUUAAACAUACUUAAACUUUCACAGGUAUCGAGUAUCAUGCUCUUAAAUGUGUCAUUUCAAAUCUGCAGGUUAUAUUAAACAGCCAUUUUGCUUUUUCCAUGUUCUUGUAGGUUAUUUAAUAAAGAGAGAAAAAACAUGAACGCUGUUGUCAAGCAUAAAGAAUACAGAAUUUUGUCUCUUUGUAGAUGUAUUCUUGUUUCUUAGAUGCUCUCAUUAAACGUACAUGACAUACACCAAUGUUUGCAUUGCAAUUGUAAUAGAGUAAGACGAAAUAAUGCAUUCAACUAAAGCAGCCCAAAUCAGCACACAUAAAGCUAAUGGAAAGUUGAAACUGGCUGCACAGGAAGAUGAUGUCUUUGC